GAAGCAGUUAUCUUUCUUCACGCUUAAUAGCUAUACUCUGUAUACAUGACGCGUUUCAAUGGCGGCUAUUAUAACAGUACCUUAUUUUCACAUAUAUCUGAUCUUUCUCUCUAAAAAAGUUUAAAUCUUUUUACACUAUUUUCCAGACCAAGAGGAACCCAUCAUGUUUUCUCAUCUCUUCUUCUUCUUCCUAUUCUUCUUUGCUUUCUCUGUUUCUUUCUCUCUUUCAAUCUUUCUUCUUUAUAAAAGCUUCAACAAGGCGAAGAAACAAGAACAACAUACCCAGGAAAAUGACUCAUCAGUUAUAAACCAUUCUUUAUCAAAAAUAAUUGACAAAACUUGUAAAACCAGUGAGAAUAACCAAACCCAUUUGACCCGUUCUCUUCUUCUUGACAUUUUGCCAUCUGAUUCUCCCAAAUGGGCUUCUCUGUUUGGUGAUGAAACGCGCUCCGGUCAUGGUGAUGAGAGAAAUGGGUUAAUUGGGGAUUCUGAUUAUAAUCAUAAUACUAACAGAGUGAAAAAGAAGAAGAAAAGAGCUAAAAAGAAGAGAUUAGAUUUGAAGAGUGAAGAAGAAAAUGGGGCUCAAGAUAAGGGCAUUGAGAGGGAAAUGGAUGGUUCGGAUUCUGUAUCGGGUCCGGUCAAACAGGAAUUGGUUUGUCUGUACCCGUUUACAUCAAGUAGUAGUGCUACACAGAGGAAGAUUAAACAGCAGUAUGAUCAUCUUGUCAAGUGCAAUGAAAGUAAAGGAUUGACACUGGCACAGGUUGGAGACUUUGCUAAUUGCUUGAUUGAAGCUAGAAAUGAGCUGCAGCACAAGUCUGAGGUCAUCAAACGUAAAUUUACUAUAACAAAGGCUCUACUACUCAAGGCAGAUAGAUCUUCAAUUGACCGCCUUCGGCAACAGAUAUACAAGCUGGAGCUAGAACAAAAGAGAUUAGAAGAAGAUACAUUUGUCUAUAAUUGGCUUCAGCAACAGCUUAAACUCUCACCAGCAUACAAAAAGAUGCUUGAAAUCAGUGCCUGCAUGGAAUUGAAGGCCAAGUCUGGUGAGCUGAUUGAGAGUAGCAACACUGAAGUUGCUGAUAUUUCCUUUGAAGAGCUAUUAGCACAAGAAAAGAAGGACGUGUUUUGGCAGAAAAAUGGGAAAUCAAGGUUACACUCAAACUGAAGAUAACAACUUUUUGGUUACUGUACUGAAGGAUGGACUUAUUGUAGUAUGUAGAUCUGAUACCCAACUGUCGCCAGGAAUUUUUUGACUGCCUGUGCUUCUUUGGGUCUACUUGGUGCAAAGAAUUAUGGCCAUUGUGAAUUGAUACUUUUCUUUUCCCCUAGGUUUCUCCAUUAGAAUCUAGUUAAUCCUUUAUGAGAUUGAUCUUGAUGAACCACUAACAUUACACUAUGGGAUUGGAUCAUAAGCUUCCUUUCAAAUCUCUAAUGGGGGUUGGAGGUUGGUUGUGGAAGUACAUUAGAAAUUUAGGAAUAUAUGGUUUUGAAUAACUUGCAGUAUAUAUUGGUACAGUUUCUCUUC